GUAAGUGUUCAAAUAGCCGUCGUACGCACAUGUGAUAAGGAGAAGUUGACUUAGAUAAAAGGGAAGAAAUCUAAAUCAUAUGGAGACAGCGGAACCAAAAAAUUAAGCAAUCGAAACAAAAAAAUACUAAAAAAUGGCCAUUGAUUCAUAUCGUUUUACUAGUCGCUAGUUUGAAUUUUAUCUCGGUCGUCUCUAUAUCUAUAGCUAGCAAAUUGCUCACUAAAUAUUGCAGUCAUUCGACACAAAUCACAAUGGCUCAUGAUUUCAGUCUCAACCUAAUCACUAAAGCCUUCAUUUUUAUCUUCGUACCUACCUUCUUCAACUCUGCCAUCUCAUCUCCCUUUAAACCAAAACCCUCCUCCAUUAAUGUGUGGCCAAAGCCAAGAGCCGUUUCGUGGUCCCAACCACAAGCCCAUCUCCUCUCCCCCACUUUUUCCAUCGCCUCGCCAAACCACCGCUACCUUACGGCCUCCGCCAACCGCUACCGCCGGCUGAUUCUGGCUGAGCACCAUCGACCACUGGUUGCGCCCUCUGUCGUCCUCAAUGCCUCGGCUACCCCAUUGCAGGCCCUCAGUGUGGAUGUGGCCGACCUCACCGCGCCCCUCCACCAUGGCGUCGACGAGUCAUACUCUCUCAUUGUCCCCGCCAGCGGCAGCGUCGCCCGUCUGACUGCCAGAACAGUCUGGGGAGCCAUGAGAGGCCUCGAGACCUUCUCCCAGCUCGUCUGGGGGAGUCCCUCGGUCGUUGCUGUCGGUAUCCACUUGUCUGAUUCACCCCUUUUUGGACAUAGAGGACUGAUGCUCGAUACCUCAAGAAAUUAUUAUCCUGUAGGAGAUAUACUGAGGACGAUUGCUACCAUGAGUGCCAACAAGCUCAACGUCUUCCAUUGGCACAUCACUGACUCGCAUUCUUUCCCGUUGGUGGUGCCGUCGGAGCCGGAUCUCGCAGAGAAGGGUUCUUACGGGUCGGACAUGCAGUAUUCGCCCUACGAUGUGACCCAAAUAGUGGAAUUUGGGCUUGAACACGGCGUACGAGUUAUGCCGGAAAUCGAUUCUCCAGCUCAUACGGGAUCAUGGGCCAAAGCAUAUCCGGACAUAGUAACUUGUGCCAACAUGUUCUGGUGGCCAGCGGGGGCACAAUGGGAGGAUCGCCUCGCGUCUGAACCAGGAACCGGUCAACUAAACCCAUUAAACCCCAAAACCUACAAAGUCAUAAAAAAUAUCAUAAAUGACGUCGUUAGACUAUUCCCUGAACCAUUUUAUCAUGGGGGCGCAGACGAGAUCACUCCUAAUUGCUGGAAAUCAGACCCAACCAUCCAAACCAUGCUAUCCAACGGUGGAACUCUCAGUCAAGUUCUGGAGACGUUCGUCAACUCCACCUUGCCAUACAUAACCUCCUUUAACCGUACGGUCGUCUACUGGGAAGACGUUUUGCUCGACAAAACCAUCAAGGUUGACCCGAAAUUUCUUCCCAGGGAGAACAUCAUCUUGCAGACGUGGAACAACGGCCAUAACAACACAAAACGAAUCGUUUCUGCAGGGUAUCGUACGAUCGUCUCGUCAGCCGAGUUUUACUAUUUGGACUGUGGCCACGGCGACUUUACAGGAAACAACAGCAUUUACGACAUACAGACUGGCACAACUGAUGAUGGUGGGUCAUGGUGCGGUCCAUUCAAGAAUUGGCAAACAAUAUACAACUACGACAUCCUUUACGGACUGAGUAAAGAGGAGUCUAAGUUGGUGCUUGGCGGUGAGGUUGCACUUUGGUCGGAGCAGGCUGAUCAAACUGUUCUUGACUCUCGCGUUUGGCCACGGGCUUCGGCGUUAGCAGAGGUGUUGUGGUCCGGAAACCGCGACGAGAACACUGGGAGAAAGAGGUCUGCAGAAGCCACAGAUCGGUUACAUGAGUGGAGAAGUAGAAUGGUUAGGAGAGGAGUUGGAGCUGAACCUAUUCAACCACUUUGGUGUGUUAGAAAUCCGGGAAUGUGCAACACAGUCAACUAAUUUGUUGUUUAGUAAUAUAUAGGUUACUUUAUACAUUAUAUCCAAAAGAUUACACACAAAAAUUUAACUAAUGACAUUCAUGUAAGAUGGGUCCAACUAAAUUAAAAAGUCUUGUCAAUUAAGUGUGUGUAA